CCAGCCCUUUGUCACAACAAACACUGCGCGCCGGGGAAGCGGACUAGCCGGAGCUGCUGAGCGAAAAUGCACACAGCAAACGUUUUGCGAGCAUCAUGCAUAUUUUGGGUUUCCUUUAGCUCAAAUUUAAUGCUGACGACCACAAAUGACGAAUCCGACACACUCCAGCCGUACUUCGACUUUGACGUAACUCGUAACCUCACAAUAACCGUAGGCCAGACAGGGUUCCUGCAUUGCCGAGUGGAACGUUUGGGAGAUAAAGACGUUGCUUGGAUUAGGAAACGUGAUCUUCAUAUUCUCACGAUGGGGCCCUCAACGUACACGUCUGAUCAACGAUUUCAGCUUUUACGGCCUGCCAACUCGGCCAACUGGACGCUUCAGAUAAAAUAUCCCCAAACCCGAGACUCGGGUGUAUACGAGUGCCAAAUUAAUACCGAACCGAAGCUCUCCUUAUCGUACGUGCUGAAUGUAAUUGAGCUUCGUGCACGCAUACUUGGGCCGUCGGACAUCUUCAUAAAAUCUGGGAGCGAAAUAACCAUCGUCUGCGUCAUUCAACGGGUUCCGCACGAGCUGGGUCUGGUGUUCUGGUACAAGGGAAGCUCGCUGCUGGAAUCGCACACGCAGGAAAAUAACGUUCAUCCGAACGACGAGGGACGCAUCACCAUCGAAACAGAUUGGACGGACGUUCUGACUUCUAGAUUAAAGAUAAAACGAGCCGUACAGAGCGACAGCGGAAACUACACCUGCGUACCGACGAUGGCCAAGUCUGCAAGCGUCUACGCUCAUGUAAUUAGUGAAGAGCAUCCAGCGGCAAUGCAACAUAAUGCAGCUGCGCCCGUGCGGAAUGCGGCGCACCUUCAAAGCAUGUGCAUACUAUUGGUGCUGCAUAUGGCCAAUCUCCUAUACCUGCACGCUGGUCUCGCCCUGGCCGCCUUCACCCGGAGCGCAGCCACACGGCAUCUACGACAGCUCCGUUCGGUUCACUUCGCACCUGAACGCACCACCAGCCCAGCCAUACAUCUGCACCCGAGUUAGCAUAAAUUUUGGCCAUGUGGCAUUUCAAAAGCGCCAAAUUGAAUCCCCCCCGGGAGUGAUGAUGUAUCCACACACACACACACACACACACACACACACACACUAGGAGUAGGCGACCACGCAGCCAAGGAAAAGCUGCUCGCUCGCUCAAGGGCAUAAAGUCUUUCUGAAGAAUAAUUUAUCCAUUUGUAGCCUGUACUGAAUUUCUUAUUGCCUCUUUCUCGCCACUCCUCCUCCCCCCUCCCGCCGGAAGUGGUGGUUGAACUUUGAGAAAAUAAAACUUUAAAGCACAAGCAAGCAGCUGUGGGAUGAUGGAAAUUGUGGUAAUAUAGUGCUUUAUUUACGACACCGGACGAUCCUUCUGUCUACAGCCGAGCUGCACAGCUGAAGGCAUUCAUCGAAAGGUAAAUCACGCAAAGACACUAAGAAAAGAUUUAUCUACAAAAGUUCAAUAAAACACU